UGCCUCUUCCAGCUCUUCAUGCUGCCCAACUGAACCGAGGAAAAUGGGCACCGGGGAUUUUAUCUGCAUUUCCAUGACCGCCGGGGCGCCCUGGGGCUUCCGACUGCAAGGUGGCAAGGAGCAGAAGCAGCCCUUACAAGUGGCAAAGAUUCGAAACCAGAGCAAAGCCUCCGGGUCGGGGCUCUGUGAGGGGGACGAAGUGGUUUCCAUCAAUGGCAACCCUUGUGCAGACCUCACGUACCCCGAAGUCAUCAAGCUCAUGGAAACCAUAACAGACUCUCUCCAAAUGCUCAUCAAAAGACCAUCCAGUGGGACAAGCGAGGCUUUGAUCUCUGAAAGUGAAAACAAAAACCAUGAGCAUCUCACACACGAGGGGUCUGCGGAAAGUACCACCCUGCAGAUUCGACCAGCCACAAAGACCCAGUACAGAGAGUUCUUCAUCACCCCGGUCAAGAGUGGAGUUUCCCUAGCUGAGGACCAAAGAAGUGGUCCUGUUUGUAGAGAGAACUUAAAAGAAGAAACAGACUUGGGCUACCAAAGGGCUCCUCAAACGCCUGACUCCCAAAGCGGACUCUUGGCAGAAGAAGUUAUCGUAAGGGAAAGGGCAGAAGGGGGGUGGCCAGGCACUAUGGUUGAACUCCAACUGUCCCUUUCACAGGAGAGACACAAGGACACUAGUGGCCCCAUCGUGGCUCUCCUGGGAGCUGAAAAAUCUAAGUCUCCUGACCCAGACCCUAACUUACAACAGGAUGGGAUUGUCCACAUAAAUUCAGGCUCUGCUAAUGAGAAAGCAGACCCUUGUCUGAGGUCCAGCAAGAUAAUCCAGCUCUCCAGGGGUACAGAGUUGAGAGUGGUGCAGGGGCGCGAAGCAGGGGACGCGAGGCUGCCCCGGGUGGAAGUGAUCGUGGACUGCUCUGACAGGCAGAAGACAGAAGGGUGCAGGCUUCAGGCAGGAAAGGGGUGUGUGGAUUCUUCAGGGGAAGGAGGGCAGUCAGAAGCACCUCCUUCUCUGGUAUCCUUUGCCGUCUCAUCAGAAGGCACAGAGCAGGGGGAAGAUCCACGCUCAGAAAAGGACCACAGCAGACCUCACAAGCACCGAGCGCGGCACGCACGGCUCAGGAGGAGUGAAAGUCUGUCAGAAAAGCAAGUGAAAGAAGCAAAGUCCAAAUGCAAAAGCAUCGCCCUCCUGCUCACGGACGCCCCCGAGCCCAGCUCCAAGGGGGUGUUGAUGUUUAGGCGGCGCCGGCGCAGGGCGCGGAGGUACACGCUUGUGAGCUACGGCACGGGCCGGCCGGCGCGCGGGUCCGCGGAGGAGGACGAGGACGAGGACGGCGCGUGCGCAGCGGAACUUCCGGGCUCCAGCGAGUCGGAGGCGGAAGACAACGAGGAGCUGCCGUCCGACGUCGACGUCGACGGCGGCGCGCCAAUUGUGAACUUCGACUGGGACUCGGGGCUGGCGGGCGUCGAAAGGAAGCUGAGCAGCGGGGACAAGAUGGAGAUGCUGCCCGACACCUCGGGCAAGGGAGCCCUCAUGUUCGCCCGGAGGAGGGAGAGAAUGGAUCAGAUCGCGGCGCUGAGGGACGAGGACGGGCCGCAGGGGCCGCCGGGCCCCGGAGCCCCGACUCCUCACGGGACGGACGCGGGCCCGGCGGCGGCGCGGGUCUCCGUGAGCAGAAGCUACCUCGAGCUGGGCCGCGGCCCCGGCCCCGGCGGGGCCCCCGAGACGGCGCACGGGCAGAGGGCGACCCCGACCAACAGGACGGCGCAGCCCUUCCCGGGGCCCGCGCUGCAGCCGGCAGCCCCCUACUCCCCGACGCGGAACGUGACGAGCCCCGUCGCCGACUUCCCUGCGCCGCCGCCUUACUCGGCGGUCGCCCCUCUGCCCGACACCUUCGCAGUAGCGGGCUCGAGCCCGGCACAGCCCCCUCCGUGGCCCCAGCCCGCCCCCUGGGCCCAGCCCGCCUUCUACGACUCAUCCGAGCGCAUCGCCUCCCGGGACGAGCGGAUCUCCGUGCCCGCGAAGAGAACAGGCAUCCUGCAGGAGGCCAAGAGGAGAAGCACCACGAAACCCAUGUUUACUUUUAAAGAGCCCAAAGUCAGCCCAAAUCCUGAACUCUUGUCGCUCCUUCAAAAUUCAGAAGGCAAACGGGGUGCCGGAGCUGGGGGCGAUUCUGGGCCGGAAGAAGACUACCUCAGCCUGGGAGCCGAGGCCUGUAAUUUCAUGCAGGGUGGCUCUGCUAAGCAAAAGACCCCACCUCCUGUUGCUCCCAAACCUGCAGUCAAGUCCUCGUCCUCCCAGCCAGUAACUCCAGUGUCCCCAGUCUGGUCUCCAGGAGUGGCUCCAGCCCAGCCUCCUGCCUUCCCCACGUCAAACCCAUCGCAGGGCAUUGUUGUCUCCUCCAUCAAAAUAGCCCAGCCUUCCUACCCUGCGGCCCGGCCCGCCAGUUCUUUGAACCUGGCUGGUCCUUUCAAAGGGCCACAAGCAGCAGUAGCCAGUAAGAAUUACACACCUAAGCCACCGGCUCCUACCCCGACCGUCAACGCUGCUUAUGCUGGUGCAGUGGGACCAUCCAAUGAGCUUCCAGGAAUGAGUGGGAAAGGAGCCCAGCUCUUCGCCAAAAGGCAGUCGAGGAUGGAGAAGUAUGUGGUCGAUUCAGAUACGGUGCAGGCGCACGCUGCUCGAGCCCAGUCUCCCACUCCUUCUCUGCCGGCCGGUUGGAAGUACUCUCCCAAUGUCCGAGCACCUCCUCCCAUGGCCUACAAUCCCAUCCACUCCCCGUCCUACCCCCUAGCUGCUGUCAAGUCUCAGCCAUCAGCCGCACAGGCCCCCAAAAUGGGCAAGAAAAAGGGCAAGAAGCCCCUCAAUGCUCUGGAUGUCAUGAAGCACCAACCAUACCAGCUGAACGCAUCCUUGUUUACUUUCCAACCUCCAGGCGCAAAGGAUGGCCUCCCCCAAAAGUCACCAGCCAAGGUCAAUUCACCCCUGGCCAUGAAGCAAGCUCUCCCCCUGCGGCCAGUGAACGCUGGCUCACCCCCCAACGUGCAGGCUUCAUCGGUGUACUCGGUACCCGCCUACACCUCUCAGCCUGCCUUCUUUGCAGAGGCCACCUCACCGGUCAGUGCCUCCCCAGUGCCUGUGGCCGUCCCCACAUCUCCAAAGCAGGAAUCAGCCUCAUCAUCUUAUUUCGUGGCACCAAGGCCAAAAUUCUCAGCCAAGAAAAGUGGUGUCACAAUUCAGGAGAGUGGGCGCUCCCUUUCUCUUCCUGGACGAUCGGUCCCACCCACCACUGCUACAUCUCCUUGGGUACACCAGCCUGCCUGCGCCCACUCUAGCAAACCAAGCGUGGGGCUAGAGAGAGCGAGCAGGAGGCCAACUCCUUGGGAAGCAGCAGCGAAGUCUCCUCUUGGUCUAGUGGACGACGCCUUCAGACCCAGAAACAUGCAGGAAUCCAUCGUGGCCAAUGUGGUCUCCGCAGCUCGAAGGAAGGUGCUCCCAGGGCCCCCAGAGGACUGGAACGAGAGACUGUCCCAUGCUCCUCAAAGCCAGAAGGCCAACGUGGGCUGGUGUGGAAGGGAAGAGUACAGUGUCACGUCCCUAGCCAAUAACGUGUCCACCAACUCCCAGUACGGUUCACAGGUGCCAUAUGCGUGUUACAGGCAGGCCUCCAGAAAUGAUUCUGAAAUCAUGUCCAUGGAGACCAGGUCUGAUUACUCUUUUCCGGUAGCUGAUUACAACUACAACCCACACCCACGAGGAUGGAGACGCCAGACAUGAAAGUUAGAACUGAUCCUAUGCCAACUGAUUUUUUUUUUUUUUCUUAAUGCUCCUUCCUAGGGUUUUUUAGUUUCCUGAUAGAGUUAGGUUUGCUUUGGGUUUGGCCUGUUCUCAUAGAUCACAUCUGAGCUUGUGUGUCUAUGUUUGUAUCACAUGCACAUGUGAGUGUGAAUCACUUCCUUAUCAGCUGGUGGACAGAGCAUUUCUUUAAAGAGAGAAUUCACUUUCUGCAUUGCUGUGCUGGCACUUAUAUGUAAUUCAUAAUCUCAGUGCCAUUCAUAUGGGGUAGUUUAUGCAACUGAAUUCUGCUCAAUUAAAAUGAAACUAAGUAUUUCUUCCAUGUGCCUAAAUCCAGUAAGGAACUAACAGAAUACGGGGUACUAAUUAUCACUAGCUGUAAUAGCCAGGAAUAUAACAUUAGAGAAAUUUUCAGUGGGAGCAUGCCAAUGAGUAAUGCUUACAUAAAAAGGAUUUCCUUGGUGUUAUUUGAAGUAUUUCUCUGAAAUAAUUUUUUUAAUCUAAUAAAAUUCAGAUUUUUUUUUUUUUAGAAUUGAAAUAUGGAAGUUCUCAGAAAGAAAUACAUGAGAAUACGAUUACUAUACAUUUCAGAAGGAUUUUUGAUAAAUAGUGUAAUGUGUGGGGAAUAGAAAGAUUUAGGUAUAUGAUUUAUUUCUAAUCUAUUUAAAGCCAAUAGCCUGAGACAAGAAUCGACUCAGUUCAGGUGUCCUCGUGCGUCAAAUGAGAAUAUUGGAUUAUCUAAUCUCUUAGAUCCUUAACAACUCUGAUAUUCUGAGAUUUUUCUCAUUAACAAAAUGUCCUUUGACGCAUCGUUUCUUUUUGUCGUUCAUCAUGUAAAUAAAUAUCAGAUUCCAUUGAGGAGUGGAUUAGGUAAUUAGUGUCACUGUAUGUCUCGUUAAAAGUCCCCAAAGGAAUUGUCAGGUGGCAGGCUUUGUGUUACGUGUUACGUGGAGUGAGGGUUGAUGUAAAGAUAAAACUAUUAAUGGAUUUAAGGAAGUGGUAGAUGAAUACACGCAUCUGUUAUUAUGCAACUGUAGGUCAUGACCAUUUAUUUGGUUAUGGAAAACAUGCCACAGAAGCCUAUGUGGCAAGUGGUGCUUCUUUAGAAAGUCGCCAUUAGGACGUUCAAAGGAAGUGGAACAGCUGCUUCCUUAAUCCCAUGACCUGUCCCUGUGAGCCUGACCAUGACGCCAUCAGAUCAGACACCUGCUCCUCGCUGCCAUGCCCACAACGUGUUCAGUACGAAAAAAUCCAAAGUAUUUCACAUCCGAAGCAAGUACCUACAAUAUUUUUAAAUGAAAAAAAACUUGAGUAUUUAGAACUUUCUUAGUUUUUUAAAUAUGGUAAUUUUGCUUUAAAAAAUUAUUAACUUUUAAACUCUUGAACUUAUCAUUAUGGCAGUCUUUUAUCAUUAUGAUAGUUUCUUUUAAAAUUAAAAAAAAAAAUGCCAGGGUGCAAGUGGUCAAGGCCUUAUCUUGGAAGUAAAAAAAUAAAGAGUUGGAAAAAAAAAAUCACAGUACCUUCUAUUAGUGAUAGAACCAGGCAGAUACUAAUUUGUUCAGUUAUGGAGAAAAGAAAGAAUAAAUAUUUUCUAAAGUUAUAUUGUUAGAUUAUACUAAAUUGACGUAGUGCUUAUUCUCUUAAUGUAUAAUAUAUGAUUAUUGACUCCCAAGAGUUCCUAUUGUAUCUUAAAACAUAAUGCCUGGUAUAUAGUCAGUAAAUCCUCAGAAAUCCCCCCACACACACAAAAAAAUCUUUACUUUGUUCAAAAUUUAUUAUAGUGAUUGAAUCAUUUUAGAUUUAAAUGUUUUAAGAUACGGGAGAUUUAGCAGAAAACAUUUUGCUUCUGGGGGUCACAUUCUAUUUUGUUGAUUUCUUUUAUAAGUACUAGGAAUUAUUUCCAUCAGUUGGUCAUAUUAUUCAAUACAAUUUCCAGUAGACUCAAAAUAGAAACAGAUGUUUUAAGCUUAAAUAUUAUUAUAAAACUGACUCCUCCCUCUCUGCACGUCCUAGGUUGUCUGGUUAUGGGCUGUAGUAAACUAUCUGAAUCUGUUCUAGACAUUAAGAAAAAGACACUACAGGCAGGAAAGCUGCACAUUCUUCACUCACAAGGAAAAAGAACAUCCCAUAAUUUUAAUAGAAAUCAAUGCUUUGAGAAGUCGUACUUUGAAGAUAUUACUUCUAAAAAGCAAAUGUGCCAUUGUUAAAUCAUCAUAAAGUAUACUAUGGGUAUUUUUCUCCAGUCUACCUGCAAAUGAAUGCAGUUAGAUUGCUUGCAUUCAAGCUAAUGGUUUAGACACAACACCUGCCACCCUGAGAUCUGAUACCCAUGGGUGGGCAGAUCUAGAUAACUACUGUUCUCGCAAAAAUAAAACGACUGGUCUCAUCUUGCAAAUGACAGCAUGUGUAGAUAAGCGCUGUUGCUUUGUAAAUACACAACGCGUUUGCUGUAAGACACUAGUCCAUUAGCAGCAAUCACGCAAGUAGAAAGAGUUCAGGUUUGCUGUGGAUUAUAAAGCUUUCUCUAAAAGUAGAGUACACCAGUCAUAGGGACACUCAUUUGGCACUUUCCCUCCCUCUUCAGUUUAAACAUUAUGUUACUGCAUGUGUAUUAAGUGUCAGUUAUUAAGAUUAUUUAAAGUUUGUCUUGUAUUUGGAGUUUUAUAAGUGCACACGUUCUAGUCCAUUUAUCUGCCAUGUGAACAUUUCUUGUUUGUGUGUUGGCACCAUCACACACAUUGGACAGGGCGACCUAUUAGGGCUCAAGCAUAUGCAUGUAUUAAUGACUUGAAACUUUGGCUAAAAAAUUAUAUCAAAUAGGCUUACUUGUUAUCAUUAGAAACAAGUUAGAGAAAUGUUUCUUAGGAGGAAGUAGAUUUUCACAUUUGAUUUUUUUUAUUUAAAGUAGAAGUAUCAACACUGUCCACACUUUUCUAUUAAAAGAAGACAAUGUUCUACUGAUUAUUAGAUUGAUGUUUCCACCUCUGUUUAUUCCCAAAAGACUAUAUUUGAAAGACAUAUACUGAAAAUCAAAAUUAUACCAGUAAUAAAUGUAUCCUGAAAAUCAA